AUGGCUAGUCCUCCUGCACUAGCUUUCGAUGCUGAGGGCCGCCCAGUGAAAUUUGACACCUGGCUAGAUGACCUGCACCUCUUCCUACAGCUCACUGCCAAGGAGGACAUCUCACUGUACGAUCAUGCCCUCGGCCAUUCUACUGCCCCUGAUGCUACUGCUGACAGUACUGUCCGCUCACAGUGGCAGACUCGUGACGCCCACGCUCGCUUCGCUAUUCGCAACUCCCUGCCGAUAGAUGAACGCGAGCACUUUGGCCAGCACAAGACUGCUAAGGAACUGUACACUGCUGUCGUUGCCCGCUACUCCUCACCUGCUUCUGCCGCACUAGGCCGCCUCUCACUCCCCUACCUGUUCCCCGACCUGGCCUCCUUUCACACAGUUGCUGACCUCAUCACCCACCUCAAGACUAGUGAGGCCCGCUUCCGUGCCGCUAUGCCCGAUGAGUUCCUUGCUACGAACCCCCCCCCGCUCUGGAUCACUCUCUACCACAUAGUCACCCGCCUCCCUGACUCUCUGCGUGCAGUCAGGGAUCACUUCCUAGCUCGCUGCCCCACUGAGCUCACCAUAGCCCUCCUCGAGAAGGAACUACUUGCAGCUGAGGCUAGCAUAGUCGCUGUAGGUGCCUCUCGUGGCGACCCCCGCACCCCUUUCUUUGAGGGGUGUUCCCCUUCCCCCCUUCUUCCUUCUGCAGCCUCUGCUUCUGCUGUCGACCUCCUUGGUGCUGAGAAAGUCGGGGCUGCGUCUGCUCUGAGCUGGCACCGCAGGAGCAAAGGGGGAAAGGGAGGCAGAGGUGACGGCGGAGGAGGCGGUGGUGGAGGCGGUGGCGGCGGUGGGGGUGGUGGUGGGGCUGGAGGGACUAGUGGCAGCGGUGGGGGUGGUGACGGCAGCGGCGGGGGCGGUGGCAGGGGCGGGGGCGGUGGUGGAGGCGGCGGUGGUCGCAGCGGCGGCAGGGGAGGGGGUGGUCGAGGAGGUGGCGGCGGCGGUGGUGGUCGUGGAGGCGCUGGCGGUGGCCAGAGCCAGCAGCACACUCCGUCGCUCCAGGAGGCCCGUGAGUGGUACUCUCAGCACGGGGGGGGGGGGGGGGGGCGGGUGGCUUUACCUGCACGUACGUCAUCCGCACUGGUGACCGCACUGUUCCCUGAUGCCACUGAGCUGCCCCGCUGGGCUGAUCUGAUGAGGAAGGGAGUUGAUAUCUAUGCACUAGACUUUGAUGCUAUUCUCACUGCCAUGUAUGUGAUGUUUACUAGUGGAGAGGGUGCUCAGUACCUGCGUGUUCCGCCCGACCCGGGCAUUCGGACCAGUGAGGCUGCCGCUCUAGGUGCUAGUGAGACUGCCACUCCAGGUACUCGCGUGUCUGCUACCUCAGGUGCUGGUGAGGCUGCUGCUCUAGGUGCUCGUGAGUCUGUGCCCCCUGGUACUGAGUCGACUGCGGCACUGCACACCUUCACACUGGACUCAGGUGCUUCUCGCUGUUUCUUUCGUGACCGCACUGUCCUUGAGCCACUCGCUCGGCCAGUUGUUGUCUCCCUCGCUGACCCCUCUGGGGGUCCGGUCAUUGCGACCUCCUCCACUGUCCUUCCUUGUCCUGCGGUCCCGUCGGGCACACUGUCAGGUCUCCACCUCCCCUCGUUCUCUACGAACUUGGUGGCGGGUUGUGCGCUCCAGGACGGGGGUGUUCACCAGUUCACCCCUGCCUACGAGCGCGUGACACACUGCACGUGUGCUCGGACGGGCCGUCACCUGGCUACCUUCACUCGGCAGCCGGGGUCGGACCUGUACACACUGACCACUGAGUCCCCUCAGGUAGCUGCGUCUGCGUCUGCGUCAGGUCAGCUGUCGGCCCCCUGCUCGUGUCGCUCUCUGGCGCACGACACCGUCCUCUGGCACCACCGACUUGGUCACCCGUCUGUGCAGCGCCUUCGUGCCAUGCACAAGCGGUACCUUGUCUCUGGUCUUCCCAGGGUUCUCCCUCCCCUCCCACCCUCGCCUGCUCCUCCCUGUCUUCCCUGUGUCGAGGGGCGGCAGCGCGCCGCCCCUCAUUCCUCCUCGUUUCCCCUGACGACUGCUCCCUUGCAGACGCUCCACAUGGACGUGUGGGGCCCAGCCCGCGUCCGUGGACAGGGUCAGGAGAGGUACUUCCUGAUCGUUGUUGACGACUACUCGCGCUACACCACGGUCUUCCCCUUGCGCACCAAGGGUGAGGUCCCUGAUGUCUUGAUCCCUUGGAUCAGCAGAGCUCGUCUCCAGCUCAGCGAGCGUUUCCGCUCGGACUUUCCUGUCCUGCGCUUGCACUCUGACAGAGGUGGUGAGUUCUCCUCCGACCUCCUGGCAGCCUACUGUGCGGAGCACGGCAUUGAGCAGUCGUUCACGCUUCCGGCCUCUCCACAGCAGAAUGAGGUUGCUGAGCGCCGCAUUGGCUUGGUCAUGGAGGUCGCUCGUACCUCCUUGAUCCAUGCGGCUGCCCCCCACUUUCUGUGGCCGUUUGCGGUCCGAUACGCUGCGCAUCAGCUCAACCUCUGGCCCCGUGUCUCCUUGCCGGAGACUUCCCCGACACUGCGUUGGACGGGAGAGGUUGGCGAUGCGUCGCGCUUUCGGGUCUGGGGAUCCCGAGCUUUUGUUCGCGAUACGUCCGCGGACAAGCUCUCCUCUCGCGCUAAUCCUUGUGUCUUCCUUGGCUUUGUCCCGGACGCGCCUGGUUGGCAGUUUUACCACGCCACCUCGCGCCGUGUCCUGUCCUCUCAGGACGUCACUUUUGACGAGUCCGUCCCCUUCUACUGCCUCUUCCCCUAUAGCACUGCCCCGCUCCCCCCCCCGCCGCUCUUCCUCGCUCCAGGUGCUGCUGUACUAGACCCCCUCCCCCCUCAGGGUGCCGCUCCCUCAGGUGUGUCCCAGGUAGACCCGGUUGAGCCUGUCGAGGUAGCUGUCGACUCUCGUCCUGCUUGGGGUACUGAGCCUGCGGGUGCUGAGCGUGAGGGUGCUGAGCCUGAGUGUGCGGAGCCUGAGGGUGCGGAGCCUGGGGGUGCGGAGCCUGGGGGUGCGGAGUCUGGGGGUGCGGAGCCUGGGGGUGCGGAGUCUGGGGGUGCUGAGCCUGGGGUUGCGGAGUCUGGGGGUGCUGAGCCUGGGGGUGCUGAGCCUGGAGGUGCUGAGCCUGGGGGUACUGAGUCUGAGAGUGCUGAGUCUGGAGGUGCUGAGCCUGGGAGUGCUCCACCUGGAGGAGCCCUCUCCUCACAGCAGCUGCAGGAGAGGUACUUACAGUACUGCAGCCUCAGGAGAGGUGCUUCUGGAGCCAGGAGUGCUGCUGGAGCUGGUACUAGUGCUUCCCCUCCUGGCCGGGAGCUGCCCUCCCUUCAGCGGAUCCGAGAGUGGUACACGCGGCGCUGUAGCCUUCGGAGUGGCUCUCCUGGUGUCACGGACCCUGGUGCUGCAGGUACUGCUGCUGCUGGCGGUGCUGCUGGUGGUGGAGCUACUGGAGGUGCUGCUACUGGCGGUAUUGCUAGCACUACUGGUGGUGCUACUGCUGUGGCUGGUGCUGAGGACCCGGGCGUUGGAGCUGCUGCUGGUGCUGCGGACCCUGGAGUUGGAGCUGCUGCUGGUGCUGCGGACCCUGGAGUUGGAGCUGUGGCUAGUGCUGAGGACCCGGGCGUUGGAGCUGCUGCUGGUGCUGCGGACCCUGGAGUUGGAGCUGCUGCUGGUGCUGCGGACCCUGGAGUUGGAGCUGCUGCUGGUGCUGAGGACCCGGGCGUUGGAGCUGCUGCUGGUGCUCCGGACGCUGGAGCUGCUGCUGGUGCUGAGGACCCGGGCGUUGGAGCUGCUGCUGGUGCUGCGGACCCUGGAGUUGGAGCCGCUGCUGGUGCUGCGGACCCGGACGUUGGAGCCUCGGGAGCUGGAGCUGCUGCUGGUGCUGAGGACCCUGGCGCUGGUGUCUCUGCUGGUUCUGGAGACGCUGCGCGGCUGCGACCGUACUUCGUGCCGCUCCUUCAGCAGGUUCUUGGUCAGACUCCUCCUCCUUGUCCUCCUCCCUCCUUAGAGUGUCCUCUGCCUGUCCAGCCGCAGUCACAGUUACCGCCUGCCUCGCCUCUCCCUGGUCCUUCUCCUUACACUGGUCCCACAGGAGGUCUUACGGAGCGUCGUGAGCCUGAGUCUCGUCCUGUGUCGCCUGCGUCUCGCUCUGCGUCGCCUGUUCGUGCUGCUCGCACUGGUCGUCGUGUCCCACGUGAGCGUCCUCCUCCUGUCCCUGGCACUCACUACAUGACUCUGCGUCCCUCCACUGCUCCUCAGCGUGUCCCUCUGCCGUCUCCUCCUGCGUCCUCUCUUCCUACUCUUCCUGACCCGGAGUCUGACUCCCUUCGUGCUGCCAGUCCUGUUAAAUUGUAA